AUGUCUAAACCCUCUGCGCAACCUCAACUCACGCCACAAUUCUGCUUCAACCAAACUGCACUCCGAGACUUCCUCCGCAUAUCCCGCAGCAGCAUCGACGACUCGAUAACACAGAACCUCAACGCUCUCCUCACCCCGGCGCAACGAGGCUUCGAUCCCAACUCGACAAGCACACGACAGCUAUCACCGCCGGGCCAUCCCAGGGCCCUGGAUCCAGAGCAAUGUGAAGGGUUCAAGGACAAAGUGCUGUUCCCCAGCUGGGCAGUGCGAUCAGAUGUACUAGACUAUUGCGCCGGCGUUGCGACAUCGCCGGAUCCAGACGACCCGGACAGUCUUCUACGGCAGAUUGAAGAUGCCAAAGCGAGAGAGCGCACGGUAGAUGAGCGGUUAGAUCCAUAUUCUGGGCGCUACUUUCCUGCAGAAGCGAGGACAGAGAGUCUGGCUACGCUCAUGCGCAACGAGCGUGCGGUGGAGAAGAUUGUACGCAUGCGUACAUGGAGUGUGCUGGGCGAGCGAUGUGGAAUCAGCAGCGAAUCGGCAGAUGAUGCAUUUAACAAGUGGAGGGCGGCACGACGGCGCUGA